UUUAUUUCUCGAUACGACGUACGCCAGAGCGGUGCCCCGCUCAAGAGCUCCCACGAGCCCCUCGCUGCUGUUGUUCUCUUCGUAGCAGAGGCAAUUAGUCAGUGUGCGUGGACGGUCUUGGUCACCAGGUUGCUCCUCAAGUCUUUUCAUGGACUAACCCAACAGCAACACGGUCUCUCAAGUAAACGAGAACGGGGCAAAAUCAAUGACAGGAAUACGAGAUGUAAUAGUUUGAGGUAUCAAGUACCGUAACAGGAGACAUUCCGCUUUGGAUAACGAAUUUUGCAUUUAUUGUAUUUUUUUUCUUCAACCCAACAUGCCAUUAAUUUUUCACCAUCAUUCAAUUCUUAAUCGGUUUACUACCACCAUCACUCUCUAGGAUUCUAUAAUAUGGUGACAGCACUUGUCAAGGAUCCAUGCACCUCAUCAGUGGGUUCUUCUGAAGAGUUCAGUUCCUCUUAAGAGUUCACUUUCGUCAUCCCUUUUUGCUGGCAAUUGGAGCGGUGUCUCCAUGUAAAGGAAAGCAGACGGUUCGCCGUGUAGGAACAUCCUAGUGAUGGUGACGAAUAUUUUCCUUCUCUAUGCACAACAAAGAUCUUCGUCGGGAUUACAGAGGAAUGGAAAAUAAACCACAAUUUCAACUUGUCACUGUUUAUUAUAUAGAAAUGAAAUAUCACGACAAAGGAUUCCUCAUUCGUAACCACAAGCAUUUAUAAUCCAGCAUAGCAUUUAACUUUGAAAGUUAGUCAUAAUUUUUGGAAAAAUUAUCGGAAUAACUUCCCCAGUGGCCGUGGGCGAUUGUACGACACGCAUUGUAUGGAGAAUGGUGGUGAUUACAUCAAACUGUGAUGCAACGUCGGGCAAGUGAUUAUGGCGAUGAACAUUGCGUCCUCAUGGCCGUACCUACUCCCUCUAGCCAUCUUUGUAAUGACCUGCUGGGCCAUAGUGAUCCCGGGACUAGUCGCUCCUUUGCAGAUUCAUCUUCAGAGGAGAGCUGUUCCAGAGAGCACCACAGACUCGCAUUUAAAUGUUCGAGACAAAAACCGCGAUGCCCAACCCCAAAAGCCCAGGUUAGGUAGCACAGAACGUACGAGAAUGGCCACGACAUUCAGUGAUAACUUUUUGUCGGACCACAGCGACAGAACUUCAGGGAAAACCAGUAGAAAAUUAAAUAGUCAAAUCGAAAGGACGAGCACCGUGAAAAAUUUAGUUUUAUCUAAACCUGUGAAUGACAAAGAGACGAACCGCGAAGCCAUUGUGACGCAAUCUUACGCGGAAGGGUUCGUGGGAUGGGAUGACGGGGUCAGAACAGACGUGCCGUCACAAUCAGAUCUUUAUAUUGAUAUGAAUGAAUAUUAUACAUAUGAUUACGAUGAUUAUCCUAUGGAUGAUGACGACGAGGAGGAGGAGGAUGAUGAGGAGGAAGACAUAGAUUUAGUGAUGGAGAUGCGGAGCAAGAAAGACGCAAAUACCAUGAGGACAGAGGAGUUGAGAUCUCUCCAAAGAUUAGCUGAGCUUGCGACCCUCUCAAAUCCAGACUUGGGAUUUGUUAAUCUCAUCACGCCUAAUCCGGACCUCGAUAUCACCAUCGAGGUGGUGACUGACGACGACGAUGACGAAGCGGCGGCUGAGAUCGAUAACCGGUUACCGGGUGACGAUCGCCCAUCGAGACCACGGCCACCUCCUCCUUCGCCCCAGCCUGAGCAUCGAGGGAGAGACUCGGGGAGGAGGAAGGGCAAGGGGCGAAAGAAUAAUCAAAAUCGGAACAAUAACCGUGGAAAUCAGAAGCCGUCACGUCCAUCGGAAAAUACCAAUAGCAAUACCUCAAGUUCGUUUGAUAUGACGCUCUUUCACCUUAUCAGACACACUGGAUAUCUGGACGGCGAAAAUGGUGAGUCUUCAGCAGCUGGGUUAGGUGAGUGGAGCUCGUGGUCAUCGUGCUCCUCACCAUGCGGCGGAGGAAAACGAGAACGAACUCGACCUUGUGGGUUGCAGUGCCGUACUACAGAAAGACAGGAGUGCAAUAAACACAUAUGCUCUGGGUCCUCCAUGACGUCAGAAUCAGAGAACGAUUUCGACGCGAGCGACCUCCCCAGUGCAACAAGGUCCAAUCAGGGAUUCGUCAUCAACCAGGGUUUCACCAUCGAUGUCGUUGACGAGAUCGCCGACUCCAUCGACAGUUCUGACUUCGAUAGCUGCGAAGAAUGGAUGCAGUGUCGUAGUGAGAAGCUGGUGUCCUACCUGUCCCGUCUGGAUGACCUUCCGAGCUGUCCCUGCCACUUCCCAACCAACAACGCCAUCGUGGAUCCUCAGCAAGGCCGCGAGUUCCAUUGGAUUCAACAAGACCCUGAGGCAUCCCGACUGGAUAUCUACAAGCCGACCGCCAGUAGCUGUAUCCAAUCGGUACGCUCCUAUCGCAGUACGUCGCUCGCCUCGCAGCAGUGCUGCUACGACGCCAAUCAGCGGUUGAUCACCAGAGGCCAAGGGGCUGGUACGCCUCAGCUCAUCACGGCACAGAUUUCUCGAGAGCUGCAUUACAAGAUCGACAUCCUGCCCUGGAUCAUAUGCAAAGGAGACUGGACCAAGUACAAUCGGAUCAGGCAGCCUAAUAACGGCAGAGAAUGCGAAGAGAUUCCAGAUUUGCAGACAUUUCUUUCUCAGGUUGAAGAAGCGCGGGACUUCUGAACAAGGAAGUUGUUUUGUCCUACUACAUUCUCUUUGGGAGAGAAACAGGAAUGGGACCAAGAAAUUCGUAAGAAAUUACUCGUCCUGGACAAACUUUCUGUUUGGUGAUUUAGUAUGCAUUGCCAGCUAACGAACGUGGUGUAUAUCACCUGUAAAACAAAUGGGGGCUGUUUUUUUUUUUUUUGGGGGGGGGGGACUUGGUUGAAAUCUCUUUUCACUGAUUGGCCUUUCCUGUCGCCGAGUGGUUUUGAAAGUGUGAGUGGAUUGGGCGGGGCUGACCUUGUAAAAAAUCUCAAUCCGAUGGUAAUUAUUAAGUUUUUGUACACAUUUAUUGAUAAAACGUGGGGGAGUCAAUACCCCCCCCCCCCCCCCACGGUUCUGGGGAUCAUGUUUCUCUCUGUCUUUCAUAUUCUUUCUCCAUUUUCUUUUCUCUUUUGUCAUUCCCUGAUAGCACUUAAACACAUUUCAACAUUUUCCCUUGAAUACUUAAAAUGAGCAGGUUGAUUGAUAUUACCAAAAUACAUGUAUCAAGUUCGUUUGAAGCAAUCUGAAUUUUGUUGAAACUCUUUGUUUUAGAGAGUGUCAUAUCAAUUAUUAUUUAUUAAGAAGAAUGACAUGUUAUAACCAGUUAACAUAUUGUUGUCCAGUUACGUCAAAAUAUGUCUAUACUCAUUUAUAUAUCUGACCAUAUAGAUUUCAUUAUAAUGAACGCAAAACCAAUUUGAUACUGGUUGAAAAAAUACAAUAAUGAUAUUUCUUUUUUUAAUUGGUAGUUAUAUGAUGAUUAUUGGGUGUGAAUAAGGUAUUUUUUCCUGUCAGGAGUUGAUAUAAUGAUGCUGUUAACGAUAUUCACUUUUUGAAAAUGAUAACUACCUCGAAUGAUAAUGUCAUUGUUUGUAUUAUAUACCUGUGAGUAUAUAGGCUAAUGAUUAGAAAUUUUCGUUUCAGUCACACAACGAAACCGAUAGGAAACCGAUCGCUGAGUACUGUACGUCAUUGCUUUGGCCGGUCUGGGUUUGGCUUCGCUGAUGUGACUGACAUUAGUCUACACAUUGACAUUCAAUCGAUAUAUGUAGAGGCGUACCUGUUAAGGUCUACUUUUAAAUUAUUUUUGUACUGAAAUAGUCACGGGUUUGUACUGUAUAUACUUAUUGCUAGAAUUGUGAUUCUAGUAUUUAAAACAGAACAGAAUAGGAUCACCCAUUAUCUCCUAACUGAUUGGAUUUGUGUUUGUACAAUCAUUUCAACUUGAUAUUUCAAUCGCAUGAAUUGGACUUUUCUGCUUAUGGAGGUAGAUUUCAAACUGCGAUUAAAUAUCAAUUUAAGAGAAGAAACCAUAGAAUUUAAAGUAAAAACGGCGUGUUCGUUAUAACGUUCUGUACAUUCUCUCAUUUCAAAUUUUGUGUGGUUGAAAACACCGAUAAUAACAAUAUCGUUUCUUAUUUGCAGUCAAUAAAUUCCUGCAAAUACUUCAUUUGUUAUAUUUUUUAAAUCUCUAUGGCAAUCAAAAAUAACAUUAACGUUCUUUUUAAGUCACCAGUUUAUUAUUUUAUGAUUGCUCAUGCUGUACAGUAGUCCUUUAUAAAUAAAACUGCAUUUAAGAGAUUAUAGAGACAUAAUGUGUUUCUCAGGGAAUUUGUAUAAUAUAUAUGAUGGUAUGCAUAAUUAUGUUGCCGAAAAAUAGUUUUUUUUUUUUAAAUAUUGUAAGAAUUCACCUAGUCAACCUAUAAUGUGUUGUGAACGAGGAUGGUUCGAUGUUGACCAUUAUUUUGAAUGAAUGUUUCUGAACGAACGUAUAUAUCAACGUUCGAACUUUAACGUAUCGAUAAAUUACAUUUCCCUUUGUUUCUUUGUUAUUUUUAACUUACUUGUUAUUUUUCGUUGGCAAUUUUUAUCACAUUAUUCAUUAAUUAAUUGACUUAUUGAUUUAUUUUUCGGGGGGGGGGGGUAAUGUAUGACAGCGAAGGUGUGAUUGAAAAGGGUCAUUUCAACGGAAUUCGUUUUAUUUCUUUUUUUUUUCAUUUGGAACUUGUCUUGCCAUUGUUCUUAAAAAUAAUAUUCAUAUUCAAAAUACGAAUUUCCACUAUGGUAAGAAUGAGAGGCUGAAUUAUGUUAUAUAUUAUUAAACUUGGUAUUUCGGUAUCAAUGUUGUAGAAAAUACUAGAAAACACGUAAUUAUUAUGUUCCAUGUUAUAUUUUUAAUCAAUAUUUAACUUGCAUGGAAGGUUAUUAGUUCCGAUCUAAAUGUCUUUCCUGGUACCCAGGGGCGGAGUGGCGCCGUGCUAUUUUGAAAGGAGUGCAAAAUGACCUAUUUUAAUAUUGCAUUACCAUUACAGAGAUAAUGAAAGAUUCAACGACACAUAUGUCUCUUUUUUAUGCUCUUCUCUUUGCAUCCCCCCUUUUCUUUUUUCCUCUGUUUCCCCCACUACUUGAAAAAUCACAGGGGUGGUCGCCCCCGCCCCCGUAGGGCUGCCCCUGCUUGUAUUAGUUAAUCGUUCGCAUCUAGACUGAUUUUAACAUUUGCCGCGCCAUUAUUAAAUUGGCUUUAUAUAAUAAUGUUUAAAAUGAUUUAGAAUUCCUGGUAUCAUCGAUAAGAAUCAUAUUGAUGAGUCAUGUGUUAAACGUUUAUAUUUUUGUUUUCAUGUACUCUAUUUAUUUCAUCAGAUGAUAAAAUGUAUAAAAAUUGUAUAUUAUUUUAUGUUUAGUUCCACGUUGAAAAACACUUGUAUGUGAUUAAAACAAAUGGAAAUAAAAAAUUUAAUUCCUG